AUGGCGAACAAACUCGGCGGCCUUGGCCCCACGGUCAUCGCAGUAAUGUGGACCGAGACAGCUUUGGCUCUCAUCUUUGUCUUGAUGAGAUUAUGGACCCGAAUCCGAAUUAAUCGAGUUGCUGGAUGGGAUGACUAUCUUAUUUCCUUUAGUUGGUUGCUUCUCAUGCCAUACACUGCGGCUUGCACUGCUGCUGCAUUGGAAGGUUUUGGUCGGCACGGAGCGACCCUCACUUCAGAGCAGUUCGUUGCAGCUACGAGAGCAGAAAUCAUCGGCCAAACAUUCUGUAUCAUCGGCAUCGCGGCUAGUAAAGCUUCCGUGGCAAUCUUCUUGCUUCGAAUUACCAUUGUAAAAUGGCACAGAUGGAUCCUCUACUUCGUGAUGCUAGCUGUGAGUGUCAUCUGCUUCUUCUGCGCCCUAUUCGACUUCGUGAGAUGCGAUCCUGUUGCGCACGUAUGGAAUCCGCCCCUCCCCGCCAAAUGCUUUAUUUCGGAUGAAGAUUUUGCAUCCCUUUCAAUCACGGUUGGGGUUGCAUCGACCAUUGCAGACUUCAUUCUAGCAACUUUGCCCUGGGCUAUUCUUUGGAAUUUGCAGAUGAAGCGAAGAGAAAAGAUACUUAUCGCCUCUUCUAUGAGUCUUGGAUUCCUGGCCAUGAUCUGCGGUAUAUUCAGAGCCAUCUCACUUACAGCACUUAAUGCGAGAAGUGACUACUCGUAUGAUACUGUCGGCUUGAUUCUUUGGUCGUCUACAGAGCUCAUGCUCACAAUUCUGACCGCUACUAUCCCAACACUGCGACCUCUAUACAACAAACUUCGCGGAGUAUCUUCAAGGGGAGAAUACGAUGAGAGCGGUCCGGGAUACGAACUCAAAGACUCAGCGCCGAUCAAAUUGCGGCCGAAGGAAGGUAACUCGAUGGUCACAACGGCCGUUGGAGGCAAUGACAAUACCAGCGAGGAGUUCAUCCUAGAACGUGGCAACGAUAUUGUGUGCACAGAGACAGUAACGGUUGAAUAUGGAUAUAAAGGAGCGAAGUCUGUUUCUAGAUCUGCAUCUAGAGCAUCGCCACAGGAUAUGGCUUGA